UGCGGUAUCAUCCCGAACGGGAGUCAAACCCAGGUCCUCUCGCUUGCAAUGCAAGCACGUUAACCACUAUGCCACGGGAUUCCAAGCUUAACAAGAACCAAGGCUCGGAGAUGGCAGAGUUUAACCAGUUUGUCAUUGUGGAGGACUGGUCAACUUUCCAUUGCUUCUCGAACAAAGACUAUAUGAGCUGCAGACAGAUGGGUGGUUCGGCUCGGGAAUCCCUCCUGGUUGGGAAUAACGAGGAGACUCCUUCAGCAUGAAUGAGAUGUACCUGAGCCCGAUCGGCAUGGAUCCACUCAGUACUUCCUCCGUCAGCAACAGCCUCCCUGUUACUGGCAGUCACCUGGGUCUGACCUCACCCACCCACAACCCUCUCCCUACUCCGGGAAUGCCAGUCGCAAUCCCGAACCUCAGCGCCUCCUUGGGCUCUCUCCCAUCCGCUCUUUCCUUGAUGCUGCCGAUGAGCAUUGGAGAGCGUGGAGUGAUGUGCAGCAUUCCUGAACGGAACUAUCCGCUCCCUCCUCCCCCUUACCCACACCUCGAGAACAGCUACUUCCGACACAUACUGCCCGGCAUAUUAUCGUACCUUGCGGACAGACCACCUCCCCAGUACAUCCACCCGAGUGCCAUCAGUGUGGACGGGAGCCCUGCUCUGCCCAUGCCCAGCACACCAGCUCCUCACGACCACUACGAGCCCAGUGGGUCAGUGGGCCUGGAGGCCAGCAUUGUCUCCAUCAACUCUAGGCAGGUGAGCACUCACAGCUCCCAAAAUCUACGUCAGACCAGCAACCAGGAUGGUCCUAUGGACACGGACAUCUCCAUGGAAACAGUUUCCAGAGUAACCAGCCCCAUUGCCACCCAGGGGAUCAGUGAAGAGCUGACUAUGGAGAGGGUAACUGCAGAGCCACAGCCAUUGACAUCCGGCUCAAGAAACCACAAAGCCAUGGUCGUAGACUCGGUGGGAAAUAACCUGGAAGCUGAGGCAGUGGUGGGGCAGAGCACGGUGGUCAUGCCGAUUCACACCAGCUCCCUCGAGCUACCUGUGGUCAUGCAAACGGAGCCAAUGAGCAACAUCUCGGACAAUCCCCUGAGUGAUUCCAUCCACGCGGGUGCGCUGACCGCCAACCCUGUCCCCGUGGCCCUCUCGUCCUCCCACACAUUGCCUUCACUGGAUCCCGGGCCUCUUCAUGGAUCCGGCAUCGGCCUGGACCCAGUGUCCGUGUCCACCAUCACUACUGAGGUCCCCGUGGACUCCAGCCAGGUUGCUGUCUCCUCAGAGAACCUCUCGUUCGUGACGGCGGCGUUGCAGAUGGAGGAUUCCAGCUCCAACAAAGAAAACCUCUCCGAGUCAUUCACAAUCUGGUGUACACUGUGCGACAGGGCUUACAGUUCAGACUGUCCAGAACACGGCGCGGUCACUUUCAUUCAGGAUACUCCUGUCGAGAGUCGAGCGAGGAUGUCCAUCCCCAGGCAGCUGAGCCUCCGGUCCUCGGAGACAGGAGCUGACGUGGGAGUGUGGUGUCAGGAAACUAUUCCUGUACGGGCCUGCUUUGGACCACUGAUUGGACAGCAGAGUGAUCCUGCUGAUGUUCCUGAUUGGUCAAACAAGAACAGUCCUGACGUUUGGCAGAUUUUUGGUAACUACGUGCUGGAGUCGCUGCUGCUGGUGGCGGAUGAGAAUGUGUGUAACUGGAUGAUGUUCGUGCGUAAAGCCAGAACUCAGGAAGAGCAGAAUCUUGUGGCUUAUCCUCAUGAUGGGAAGAUUUACUUCUGCACCUCCAGGGAGAUCCCUGCAAAUCAGGAGCUACUAUUUUACUAUACCAGGGACUAUGCCAGGCAGCUUGGAGCUGCAGAGCAGCCGCAGGGGCACGUGUGUCACUGUGGGAAGUCAUGCAGGAGUCUAAGCGAGCUCAAGUCGCACCUGAGCAGCCAUGGGCCAAGCCGGGAGAGGAAGUGGCAGUGCUCCAUCUGCCCGCGGGCCUUCACCUCCUCUACAAAGCUCAACGUCCACGUCAUGGGCCACAUGGGCAUGAAACCCCACAAAUGUGAUUUCUGCAGCAAGGCUUUCAGUGACCCCAGCAACCUCCGGACACACCUCAAGAUUCACACAGGUCAAAAGAACUAUCGGUGCGAGAUGUGUGACCGCUCCUUUACCCAGAAGGCUCACCUGGCAUCACACAUGAUCAUCCACACGGGGGCCAAGAACCUCAAGUGCGAUUAUUGUGACAAGAUGUUCAUGAGGCGGCAGGACUUGCGGCAGCACAUACUAACCCACACACAAGAACGGCAGAUCAAGUGCCCGAAUUGUGACAAGCUUUUCUGGCGUUCUACCCACUUAAGGAAGCACCUGAACUCACACGAAGGAAGGAGGGAUUUCAUCUGUGAGAAGUGCUCCAAGGCUUUCCUCACCAAGUACCACCUCACCAGACACCUCAAGAUCUGCAAAGGCUCCAAGGUAUCCCUGCCCACACGUGAACUGGGUGAAGAGGAAGAGGAGAUGGACAGUGAAGAAGAUGGGCUGUUGCAGUCGAGUGAUGCAGUUUGCCGGCUGAAUGAUGGAGCAUACACCACAGCAGAUGGCUCACAGUAGACUCGUUGGUUUAAGUACACAUAGUUCAGUGUUGGGACAUCUUCAUUCAGCAUUCUCUCUCUGGCAGAGUAAGUGACUGACCAGCAGAUGCCACUGUAUCAGAGGUCCUCAAAAUCCAGAAUAUUGUUGCUGCAAUGUGCUGAGUCUAACAAAUGGGGAGAGAAGCACCCUCAAUGAAGUGCCGGUGCAGAUUUUGCAGGGUGCAGUGACUGCUGAUCAUUUCUGGUGAAUUUCAUAAUGAAUAUGCCUGGCCAGUGUCAAUCCAAGCCAAGUAAUACGUAUUACAUGUGUGUGCAUAUAUCUCAAGAUAUUUGUGUGUAUUCCCCAAAUAUAAAGGAUGUGGAAUUGGGGUGUGGGGGAGGUACCUGGUGGGUAUAUGUGGGUAAAAGCAAAGAAUUGGAGUGGACGAAUGCUGUGUAUCCCUCUCCCACUAAUUUCCAAUCCAUGUACUGCAGGGCAGUCACAUUCUUACCCUUCCACGUGUUCUGGGUAUCUUUAUUUUAUCUGAAUAUCUCCCCAGUAAAUAUCUCCCCAGUAAAAUUCCCGUUCCAUAUUUUCUUAACUCCAUCUGAAAUGUGAGCAACUAGAGCAGGGGACGUGUGCAUUACUGACUACCGACCCAAAGCAGAGUCAUCGAGUUCUGGUCAUUGAUUGAGAGCUACAGGGGGAGUCUGCGCUGUGGUCAGGGAGCUCUGGGAGUUCCCAAUAAGGACAGAGGGCCUUGGGAGAAUCUGUUAUGUACGGGACUGAGUGAGAGCUGGAUGCAGAUCUUGGGUUCUGGGAAUGUUGGAGAAACAGGAAGCUCCAGGAGGCCUGAUGUGGAGCUGCCUCGGGCCCUUUGAUAUUUAUGUCAUUUUAAGUGAAAUUUAAAUUUUUUUAAAAUCAUGUGGGAAGGAAAGGGAAGGAUUUAGGCAGCAAACUGCAUACUUCCAUGUAAUAUUUGUAAAUAUGGUAUUCUCUUAAUAUACCUUUCCCUUCUCCAUAAUAAAGGCUGAUUGGAAGCCCAGGGUUCUUACGAUGAAA